ACCACACUCAUUUUAUUAUUAUUAUACACGCUAGUGGGUCUCCAUACUUUCCUUUCGUGCGAAAUUUGUUGAUAGAUUGCGGGGGGACUCUCAGACACAAAACAGGGCAAUGUGCAAGCUGUAAAUCCGACAGAUCAUGGAUAUUUUGAUCGAUGGUUGUGUCUAUCUUCUGGGGAACAGAUUUGCUUUUGUCUAAUUGAGGAUUGCCCAGGCAGAUUGAGGAAUGGGCAAUAAACAAGGGAAGCCAAAAGAUAAGCCUAUGAGGAGAGGGUCUAAGAGGCCUGGUCACUCCAGGAAUCCAUCAAAUGAUGAGAGUAACUUGGAUACCUCAGCUAGGGAAGUGGUUUGCACUCCAUCUAGAUCUGAUAGCAGAACCAGUUCUGAAGCCUGUACAUCGUCUCGUCAGGAACAUGCGUCUUUAUCAUUAUUAAUCCAAUCAGGGGACUUGUCCAGACAGUCGAGUUCAUCACCAUCAACUACUUCACCACAAAGCAGCAGUUCAGUGCAAUCCACAUCAUCGCCUACAUGGCUACUUACUCGUCAGCAGUCGGUAAAUGCACAGGCAGCAAUGGAUGUCGGAUCUCCACCAUUAAAAACUGGACGUUAUGAGGCAACGUCUGCAACAGAGAGAUUUUGCUUGUUAGCGCGUCUACUACUGGAUGUCUGUAGCGAUGCAGUACGCGAUCUACUGCGAUGCAAAAUUAAAGGUGGAGAAGUCAUACUUACCCAAGAAAUUUACAAAAAGAGAAACAAAUUAAAUCAGCUGAGACAACUUCAUGAUGCUCAAAAGAAGAUUAUCUUGCCUCCGCAAAACCAGAUUGUACGGUACAAUUCUCUUGAUUACACGCUGAUGUAUACUGUUAUAAGAAAUGUGUGCCCUUACAAAAUCGAACCAGAAGAAAGGAAACAGAAUUGUUGGGGCAAAAAACCCAUGGACAGUGAUUCUAGCCUUCUUGCUGCCCUUGAAAGAAUUCGAUUUUGUAGAAAUGAUUUCUUUGCACAUGCUACGUCUGCUGAGGUAAACACUGCAGAUUUCGUAGAAUUAUGGGAACAGGUGGAAAAAGCAUUGCAGAAAAUAGAUGAAAAUCUAGACCCAGGAGUUGUUUCUAUUUGCUAUGUGGAUGAAAUGAAGAAAUUGGAAAAUACAUCUUCAGAUCCAAAAACUGUUACACUUUUGAAGCGCAUGGCAGAAAUAGAGAAACAGUUGAUGGAUGCUUAUGAAAUGGCAGUUGAGACAGAUGUCAGACUGGGAGAGUUACUCAGUGUAAGGAAGAAAUAUAGAAAGACAAUUUGGGGAUCCAUCAAAACAAAGCUGUGUACAAGAUCCUACAAACAAGAGGAUGCCAACAUUGGUCAGACAGAACACUAUUUGGCAAGGUUUGUGAAGGAGAAUGAGUUCUAUAUAGAGACAAGAGUAUUUCAACAAGUAGAAGAGUUUUUAAAGCAAAACAAGUGUGCCAUUAUUGUUGGACAACCAGGAGCAGGAAAAACUGAAAUUGCUGUGCAUUUGAUGUUCAAGUAUGUGAAGAACUUUGUUGUUCGUAAGGUGGAUAGUCCAUAUGAGUUCAAAAGUUUAGUAGACCCAACCAAAAAGCAUCUGAUUUUCAUUGACAACAUUUUCGACUGCUCUGAUAACACUCUGACUGAUUGGUGGAAAAGCUUUGAUUUCAUAGAAGAACUGGUUCAACAUCAGGAUCCUGAUAGCGACCAAGAAGACUCUGAUAGUCCAGAAUACAUUACGUAUGUAGUUAUGACUACCAGACCAUAUGCGCUUGAAGCUGCUAAAAAGAAAAUGAGCAGAAACCACCCCUUGCUAAAGAGAUACGUUUUGAAUAUUGAUUCAAUAGAUUUUAAGCUAAGCGACAUAGAGAAAAGACAGAUAUUGGAAGCCAAGAUCCGGUAUGCCAGCCAUGUGAAAAAGAUGACUGAAUACGUCUUUCGUGAUGAUGAUUGGAAAGUUAUCUAUCAGUCUUCACCGCCAUUUGGGUUUCCUUUGUGUGCCCGAUUAUUUGCUUGUGAUGAGGGAAACAGGAGAGAUGGAAUAGCAUUCUUUUCAAAUCCUCAUCGAGAUUUGAAGAAUAGAUUGAAAGAGAUAAUUGAGAAUGAUAUCACAAGACACAUUGAGAUUCUUUUUAUCUUACUUUUGGUGAGUGAAGUACAGUGCCUUACUCUUAACUUCAAUGAUGAUGAUCAUUGUUGGGGGGUUCUUUUUGAGCUGGGAAUUACAGAGGAAUUAUCACUAAGACAGGAAAUGGUGAAGAAUUUGCCAGAUGCUGCAACAGGUCUUCAAGAGGUCUAUUUAAGACAGUCUGGUUUUGAAUACAAAUUCAUUCACCCAAGUGUACAUGAAGCUGUUGAAAACUAUUUCAUUGAAAAAUAUACAAACAAAGCUAUUGAAAUAUUGCCAGUGCAUAUUCUAUUUCAGAAAAUGCACAUGGAAGAUUCUGUUGAUGAGUGUGUACCAGCACUGGACCCACGUUUUCAUGACAUUCUGGCGCAAAGACUUUUGAAAGAAGUCUUGGAUGAGAAGAACUUUGAAGUUUUGAAUUAUAGGGAAUUGAAGCACAAGAACUUUUCUAAUGUGUUUUUAAAUCACAUUGUAAAAGAUGAAAACACCUUGAAAGAAGUUUUGAAACUGAAGCAUACCGAUGGAUUGCCAUUCAUGUAUUGUUUCACGUCUUCAAUCACUCAUAAUGCAGUUAUUGAACUUUUAAAGCAUGAAACUAUGAGUAAAGCAUGCACCGAUUCUGAACUUUUUGGACAUUAUGCCCAUUCUCUAAUUGCCUCCUGUGCCUCAGCGGAAAAACUAGACAUCACUGAAUUCAUCUUGGAUCACUAUUCAGGUAAGGAUAUACAAAAUUUCUUUGCACAGUUCUCCUUAUCUGAAGAAUCAAACGAAAAUUUUGCUUCUCCACUGUUGGAGGCGUCAAGGGCCAGAAAUGAAGUUGCCAUACGGUUGUUGAUAGAAGAAAAGGCAGAAUUCAGUCAAACAACGUGGAGAGGAUGGCAAUUUUUACAUGCGUGUUGGAACGAACCGCAAAUAUGUUGUUCAGAAAUUCUAGAGUCAAUUCUUGCAUUUGAUAGACAAAGACUCCUGUCUGAUAAUAAUGAAACUGCAGAUGCUUUGAAGUACGAUCAAAUACAGGCAAGUGGAGAAAAAACGUUCUUUGAAGACGUUGUGUCAAAAAUUGACGAGUGUGUAAGGAAGCACGACUCAUUCCAAAUGAUUCUAUUUCAUUUGAUUCAAAUUCCAACUCUAGAAAUCACAAAUGAGUUGAUAGAAGCGUUUUGUUUUCUAGCCAAAUUGGAAGGGAUUUCUGAGGUAAAGGGGCAAAAUCCACUAAACAUAGCAGAUGAUGAUGGGAAUAAUAUCCUGCAUCUUUUUUUGAAGAAUCGUGUGUAUCGCGCGAACACUAUUCAAAGCAGUGAUGGCGAUGACAGUAUCCAUUCUGAAGAUGAUGCUGAAAAAAAUGCUGAAAAUUAUGAUAAAGCUAUGUUUCCAGAGGAAAAAACUGAUGAUGUUGCGUAUGAGAGAAUGGAGAAUAAGAAUAUCCUUCUGCAGACAAUAGGGAGAUUGUGUGUGAAAGGUUUAGAUAUUAAUAUGAAGAAUAAGAAGGAAGAGACCCCACUCAUGAUUGAAAUUAGCAAAUUCAGUCCGUCAAUAGUCGUUAUCGAAAGCUUGCUACAUCACCGAGCAAACCCAGACGCACAAGACAAAUUUGGACGAACCUGUUUACACAUACUUCUUCUCCAAAAUUACGAUGAAAGUGUGGCAAUUGAAACUAUUCUUGCCGUUUUGAUAAAAUAUAGAGCAAAUGUCAAUUUAAGGGAUGGAUAUGGAAAUAAUCCACUUUUUGUGGAACUGAAAAGACAAAAACCAAGGGAAGUGAUUCUGAAUUGCCUUAUAGAUGCACAGAUAGAUAUGAACGCACGGGAUCAGCUUGGGAGAACGGUACUUCACUUUGCUAUUUCGUCCUCUUACGACAGUGAAGUUGCUAAAAGAGUCGUUGAAAUCCUUUUGAAAUCGGAAUAUUUGGAAGUACUAUCUUGUGAUGAAACUGGCGUGUCAGCUUAUAGAUUGGCUCUUGAGGACUCGCAAUACCAUGACAAUGUUUUGAUAACUAUCGCGCAGCAUCAAUCCUGUUCAUUUCCUCUCCAUAAGUGCAUAAAUGAAAAUAUUGACGAAGAAAUUAAAAUCCAUGCUCUUAAAAAUCUGCGUUCAAUUGAUGAUAAAAAGUUCAGAAUUUCUGCUACAGACGAGAAUGAUCAAACAUUGUUAAUUGUUGCUUCAAGGGUCUGUCCGCAGAUGGACAAACUCUUUCAAUUCCUAUUGACAUGGGACAUUGAUAUAAAUGUAAAAGAUAAAUAUGGAAACUCUGCAUUGUUUUACUUAAUCGAGUCAAACGAGGAGUUUGAAAAACGAGAUCCAGCCUUUAAUUUACUUCUAGCAAAGGAACCAUCAGUUCAUGAGAGAGAUGAUGAUGCAAAUUCACGAUCACCCUUAUCGCGAGCCAUGCAGUCUAUAAUGAGUAAGUCAAACAUCCUUGAAGUUGUUGAUCCUCUAUUUCCUUCUGAAGCAAUUACAAAGAACAUUCUAGAUGAAUCACCUAAAGAUAGAUUUGCAGAUCACUUACAAUCCGAUGGUGUUUUUGACCUUAAAGUUGACACUGUCCAGAGAAUGCUUAACCUCACCACAGUGGACCUUAAUUUCACAGUGGAUGCAAAACAACGCACUUAUCUUCAUUACUGUGCAAGCUCUCGUUUAGCUGAUAAACAUACACGCGCCAUCUGCGAGCGUUUAAUCGAACUGAACGUUGAAGUUGAUCGAAAAGAUAAAGAUGGGCUCACUUGCAUUGAUAUGGCAUUUAAACACUCAGGGAAGAAAUUUGAAACUCUCGUCUUUUUAUUGAAAAAGAGUAAAAAAUUGAAAGAACUGGAUAUAGAUAAAUUAUUGGAAUAUUUGGCAGAUGGGAAUUUUUUGUAUGUGGAUUUGAUUCAGUAUCUGAUAGAGCAUGUUUUUAACAGGACUGAACCAAAGAGGAACCUUUUCCAUUACUUGGCUUCAGUCGGCUAUGAUCCCAAAGACCAAGCGAAAGCUGAGCGCGAAGAAGUGUUUGAUGUCCUUAACGAAUAUUUCAGAAUAGACAAAGAAAAUGAAAGUGGACAAAUUCCAUUGCACAUCGCAGCUGAAGGAGAUGCGAGUGUAUCAUGUGUGCGAAACUUUGUGAGGAUAAGCAGCGAAUUUUUGAAUAAGCCCGACUCGGAAAAAUACACUGCUUUGCAUUUGGUGCUGAAGUCUAAUAGAGAUGAUAAUGAUGUGUUUGCAAUCGUUAGAAAGAUGUUGAAGUUCUGUGUUGAUAUAAAUGCGCAAAACGAAAUGCUCAAAACUCCGCUUAUGUUAGCCGUAAAAUGUGCUAAGGAUAGGGCAGAUACGAUAUCGGAGCUUCUCAAAAAACGGCCAAAUUUACUAUUAAAAGAUCGAUCAGGAUUUACGAUUCUACACUACUGCAUGGACACACCAAAGGAUGAUUUCAAAGCCCAUGCUGUUCUCUCUCUUUUUCUAGACAGUGGUCUUCCAGUUCCAGUUAAAGUUAAAUCAGGAAAAGGGCUUACUGCGUUGAAUCUUGCCGCUAGCAACUGCCGCAAAAGCCGUGUUUUGUGUAUACUGAAAAUGCUUCAAAUCAAGGACUGUUCAGCAGCGACUGUUGAUGAUGGCGGACAGUCACCUCUGUAUAACACUGCGCUGGCGUUAAAGGGAAUGAACCCACUGGUUACUCUAGAAAGAUUGAUUCGAGCUUAUAUAUUUUUGAAUCAUGGAGAUUCUGAUUUCGAAACGAACAAAAGGGAUAAAGUGUCUGAUGUUUGUAAAAGGUCCAAAUUCAUCUCUCUCCGUGAUCUUCUAGACACUAACGUCACGAAUCCCGAGGAAACGUAUGCAAUUAUCAAACGAGCGUGGAUUGACGUGUCAAGUCGGCCAUUGCAUUUUGAUAAAAAUGAAUACCGGUAUGACCAAGUGUUGGAAUUUGGUCAAGAGUUCAUGGACGAAAAAAUGAAGUCACUGAUUCUUGAUUCACUUCCUUAUUUGUCACAUCGUAAGUUGGAUGAUCUGACCAACGAUGAACUAGUGGACGAUGAGAGUACUCUAUCAAGUGUCCCUGACCUUGAACAUUAGAAAGAAUAUCAAAGAACAGAUCAGGGGAAAGCAAUGUUGCUCAUUUGACAUGUUAUAAGUUGUUUUUUUAUUUUUGCUUUGAAAGAAUAUGAAUUAAUGUUUAGGUGUACAUUUGAUUUUUCAUUGAAACCAGAAUUGCAAUUAAAUGAAAAAAAAAAUUAUUUCUAGGUUAAGCUUGCAAAACUGGUACGGUUAAGAUGACUCAUAACACCAAGACUUAACGUUUUUAUAACACUACACUACAUCACAGAUGGUGGUUUAUGUGUUGUGUAUAAUGAUUUGUAUUGAUUCGCUAUAGGAUUAAACAUCCUUUUUGAAGAAUUUAUCGAUGUGUAAACUCUGGACAUUUUACUCACAAACUGAAUAAAAGUCCAGAGUUUACACAUCGAUAAAUUCUUCAAAAAGAAUGUUUGAUUCUUAUAAUUCCAAUUCGUUCCCUGCAUUAUCAACUUCAAUAAUUUGAAUACUUUCCCCGCAUGUUGUUUGUUUUCAAGCGCGUAUGUAUACAUAGCCUUUUUGGAUUUAUUAAUGUGUAAAUUCUCGUUUAGAUUUAUCUGUGUCCAGUCAAAACAAUUGUAAUAAAUAACAUUGGAAUUAUUUGAUUGUAAUCGUAGUUCAAUGGAUAAAAUAUCAGGUUACUGACACGCAGAUCAUGAGUUAAAAUCUACUAGGGUCUUUUGUUCAUGUUUAUUGAAAUAUAUAUAUAUAUAUAUAUAUGUGUGUGUGUGUGUGUGUGUGUGUGUGUGUGUGUGUGUGUGUGUGUGUGUGUGUGUGUGUGUGUGUUUUUAAUAAUCAUGGGGGUUUUUUAAAUCCAAAAUUGCCUAUUUUUGUCGUCUUCACACAUGUCGUAAUUAAUCAUUUCGUGCUGAUUUGAUUGAUUGAAUAUUGUUUAACGUCCCCCUCGAGAAUAUUUCACUCAUGUGGAGACCACUGCCGGUGAAGGGCUGCAAAAUUGUGGCCUAUGCUCGGCGCUUAUGACCAUUGAACAGGGAGGGAUCUUUAUCGUGCCACACCUGCUGUGACACGGGACCUCGGUUUUUGCGGUCUCAUCCGAAGGACCGCCCAUUUAGUCGCCUCUUACGACAAGCAAGGGUACUGAGGACCUAUUCUUACCCGGAUCCCCCACGAGAAACUCUUUCAGGAUGUAAUGGGUCACCUUAAGGUAUGGCCAUUUACAAUGUACUUGUACUCAACGGCAGUUAUUUACAUAUACUCACUAUGGGUAUUUAGUAUCUACUUGUACUCACUAUAAACUUUACUGGUAUUAGCUAUCGUUGUGUAGAUGUACUCGCUAUAAACUUUACUGGUAUUAGCUAUCGUUGUGUACAUGUACUCUCCGUAUAAUGGACAAUAUCCCUCUGUUCUCUAAAAUUGAAUUUGUAAGAAUUUAAAACAUUAAUAUCCAAAUUUGGUUUGACAAUAGUUAUCAAUCUUAUUUAACCGCCGCGGUGGACUCCCAGAGGUUAGAGCGUUCGCCCCGCAUGCGGAAGGUCGGGAUUCGAACCCCGGCCGCGACAGACCCAAGUCGUUAAAACAGGUAGUGACAGUUCCAUCACCAAACGCUCGGCAUCAGGUGUGAAUGUCACGUGUCCUCGGAAAUGACCUUAAAAAUGGAUGUCCCGCGUCACAGUAGGUGUGGCACGCUAAAGAACCUUCACUACUCAAUGGCCGAAAGCGCUGAGCAUAGGCAUAAGUUUGAAGCCCUUCACCGGCAGUGGUGACAUCUCCAUUUGAGUGAAAACUUCUCGAGAGGGACGUUAAACAAGGUACAAUCAAUCCAUCAUAUUAAACACAUGUUAACACCUUGAAAAUAUAUAUUUAGCAUUGUUUGCAUAGCUGAUACUGUUUGUUAAUCAGAUUGACAGUCACUGUAAAGAAUUGUCAAUUUAUUUGGGUAAUUUUGGUUUUGGUAUUUGAAUUGGUGAUUGGAAAUCAUCUACUUCCUAAAUAUCAAAUGUAUAUGUAAAGACACAUUUCAUACAGAUGAAAGAUGACUUGACAUUUCGUACAGAUGAAAGAUGACUUGAUAGUGCUUCAUGGAUAUUGGAGGAACUGUACAUAUAGGGAGAUAUUCGAAGCUUUUCUGAACAAAAUGUUGUAUUAAAUUUCUUGCUGUGUUUUGUGCUUUUGAUGUCCAUUGUAUGUUAGAAUAUAUACCCUUCUUAUACACAUUGGUUUUGCUAUGAACAUGAGCCUCGGUAUUUUGACACGAGGUUCUCCUUCCUCAGAAUGUUUUAACUGCCAUCGUGUUGUAAACAUGUGUCCCAGUAUUGUACAGGGAAUGGUUAAAAUCAGAUCUACAGACAGGAAAUAGUCGAUUCAUUUGUUGUUGAAUGUAUCAGAAUUACAUUUUCAAACGUGUUCUUUUGCUGUGUUUUUUCGAGAUAGUUAUGAUCGAGUUGUUUAUAUAGUAUAGACAGUGGAACUUCAGCCAUAUUUUGUGUUCAUAUCAACGUUCUUUACACAACUUCUUCUGAUUGUCUCUCCCAGGACAGGACGAAACUAUUGUAUUAUACAUAUGUACACAAUGACUAUUUAGGAAUGAAUAGCUGUUUAGAUUAGAAUAUUCAAAUACACAUAUAUACCAAUGUUUUGUUGGUUAUAAAUCUGCAGAUUUUCAGUGUAUAUACUUCUUG